ACCGUGGUUGCAGGCCCCGCCCUCCCGUUCGCUGACAGCGAGGCUUCUCCUGGAGGGAAGCGGGUCCGUUGGUCGGUUCGGAACGAGGCUGGCGCUGCCAGGCCCGCGCCUAGCUGUUGCCAUGGCAGCCACCGGCGGGGGCGCGGACGAGGAGUCGCGAUCGGGCCGCUCGAGCUCGGAGGGCGAGUGCGCGGUGGCUCCGGAGCCUCUUGCGGAAGCCGGAGGCCUGUUCUCCUUCGCGGACCUCGGCGCUGCGCUGGGCAGCGGCGCCGGCCUCCCCGGCCGGGCGGUGGGCAGGGCCCAGUCCCCGCUGCGCUACCUCCAGGUCCUGUGGCAGCAGGACGUCGAGCCUCGCGACGAACUGCGUUGCAAGAUUCCCGCCGGGCGGUUGAGGCGUGCCGCCAGGCCCCACCGUCGGCUCGGGCCCACGGGCAAGGAGGUACACGCUCUGAAGAGGCUGAGGGACUCAGCCAAUGCCAAUGACGUAGAAACAGUGCAGCAGCUGCUAGAAGAUGGCGCAGAUCCCUGUGCGGCUGAUGACAAAGGCCGAACAGCUCUCCAUUUUGCUUCCUGCAAUGGCAGCGACCAGAUUGUGCAGCUGCUCCUGGACCAUGGGGCCGACCCCAACCAACAGGACGGUCUGGGGAACACACCACUGCACCUGGCGGCUUGCACCAACCAUGUUCCUGUCAUCACCACACUGCUCCGAGGAGGGGCCCGUGUAGAUGCCCUCGACAGGGCUGGCCGCACGCCCCUGCACCUCGCCAAGUCGAAACUAAACAUCCUCCAGGAGGGUCACUCCCAGUGCCUGGAGGCCGUCCGACUGGAGGUGAAGCAGAUCAUCCACAUGCUGCGGGAGUACCUGGAGCGCCUGGGGCGGCAUGAGCAGCGAGAACGGCUAGAUGACCUCUGCACCCGCCUCCAGAUGACAAGUACCAAAGAACAGGUGGAUGAAGUGACAGACCUCUUGGCCAGCUUCACCUCCCUCAGUCUGCAGAUGCAGAGUCUGGAGCAGAGGUAGCAAGGGAGGCUGCUCCUUGCUUUGCUGCUGCCGCCCUCCUACCAUCUGAGCUCGCCCGCCACAGGGAAAGCCCCGGCGGGGGACUCUGGAGUUCCACUUGCCCUGGCCCUUGGAUGCCGAGGGCAGAACUGACGGUCUGCAUCAUCUCUCUGGGCCAGGACCACAGCCCCUGCUCCUGCUGCAUAAGGCCAGCCUCUGUAGCCACAUUCCAGGCGCACAUGUGUUGUGGUAGCAGACAGCACGCCUCCUGUGGCCCCCCUCAGCACACCUCAGAGCCCUUUCUAGUUCUUCCCAGCCAUGGACUUCUAAUCCCAUCAUCUGGCUUUGGGUCGGCACUCUGAGGCCCCACAGGCUGUUCUGCCUGUCGAAGUUUGCCCUGCCCCUUACACUGCCUUUCGAAGUUUAGCCCUGCUCCUGACUUUCAAGGAAACACUGCCCUGUGAGGUGUCUCUGAGCAGAAGAGGGACAGUGCUCAAGCCUAGGCCUUCAGAAGCUUAGGGAGGCCCUGCUUAGCCAAAGAAAGAUCCGCAGCUCUUCCCCCAUCACUGAAACACUACAUAUGGGGGGUCCAUUUUACAGCCCAGUUCUCAGUGGUCGAUAGUGGGUCAUGGGCCCAGGUCCUUAUCCCAGGAUCCUCUAGGUCUUAGGUGUUGUGACAAGAGAGGCUGUACAGAUACGAUAACUAGAGGUCUUUACGAAGAGAGGAUCGUGGGUCACCUAGGUGAGCUGGGUAUCACCCCAGGGAGCCCUGAGGGAGGAGGCAGGAGGGUGACUGGCGCCAUGUGGAUGUGAGACGUGGAGAAAGAAGCGGGGAGCUGGCAGAGGACAGCCAGUGGGUCCCUUGGAACCUCCAGCAGGGACUGGCUCUGCGACAAGUGCACUAGAGCCCAGCCGGACAUGUUGACAUGUUUUCAUUUCUGGUCUCCAGAAUUGUGAAAAGAAAUCUGUUGGUUAA